CCUACGUUAGGGACAUCGGCUAUCAGCUUUUCUGCUGACGUUGCAGGUACGCACGGAGAAUCUGGAGGGAGCGAUCUCCACGUAAAAUAAGGGUGAACUGCACAGUUAAGCAAGUUCAGUAUGCCGUGACAACAGCAGCGAAUGCAUCCACAAUAUUUACGUGUGCUUGUGCUCUUGGGCUUCUGCUGUCCCCUCGGUCCUCACGUCAUCUCCAAACUUGCCUGUGGGUCCUGCAGCACUGGAGUGGAACCCGGAGGGGCUCCGUCUGCAAAAGGAGCGAGAAUGACAUAUCCCUUUAUGCGUGCAGCAUCUCCUAGAACACCAAAAUGAUUCCGUCAUUGCUGUCGUUUAGCCCCAGCUGGCAGCUGAGCACCACGCGGCCACUCACGCACUCCUCCCCCCCUGAGGUGGGAUGGGGAGGAGCAUUGGAAGAAAAAGGAGGGCCCUUAAGACCUUCUAUCAACCCUAUCAAUCAAAUGAAUUGAUGACUCAUUGAGCCAGAGCUAUGGCCACAAGCAGUCCUGCAUAGCAGGUUCCGAGGUAACUAACUGAAAUAACCCCGAAAUAUGGGGGGCCACAGUGAGAAGGACACGCUAAAAGAGCCCUGAACUCUUUUCUGACUUUCAAAGAGAUGGAUUACAGCAUUCUCCCUGGAAAAUGAAACAAGACCCACUUCCAUGCUCCAGAAAGCCCACAAAGCAAGCUCCAAGGAGAACCAGCAGUUCUGAAGCAGCAAGAUGAAUGACCCAACUUUCCCAUGUACUUUUGCGUGGCUGAGCGUCGGACUAGUCCGAAAGGGGAGCACCUGCGAAUCUGCCCACAAGGUUAUACCUGCUGCACCAGCGAGAUGGAGGAGAACUUUGCAAACAAAAGCCGAAGUGAAUUUGAAGCCAUGCUGAAAGAGGCCGGUCGCUCCGUGCAGACAACCCUAACAGCGCAGCACAGAAGCUUUGACAGUUAUUUCCAGGAUUUAUUGAACAAGUCAGAAAAGGCCCUUUAUGAUGCUUUUCCAAGUAUGUACGGAGAAUUGUACACUCAAAACAUGAAGGUCUUCAAGGACUUGUACAGCGAGCUACGCCGCUAUUACCGGGGCUCCAACAUCAACUUGGAAGAGGCCCUCAAUGAGUUCUGGACACGCUUGCUGGAGCGGCUCUUCAAGCUGAUGAAUCCCCAGUACCAUAUCACAGAUGAGUACCUGGACUGCAUGGUGAAACACGCAGAGCAGCACAAACCCUUCGGGGAAGUUCCCAGGGACCUGAAGGUGAAGGCAACCCGAGCCUUCAUUGCGGCACGCUCCUACGCGCAGGGCUUUCUUGUGGGCAGCGACGUGGUCAAAAAAGUGUCUCAGGUAUCUCUCAGCCACGAGUGCACUCGUGCCAUCAUGAAGCUGAUGUACUGCCCGCACUGCCGGGGCAUGUCCAGCGUGAAGCCGUGCAACAACUACUGCCUGAACGUCGUGAAGGGCUGCCUGGCCAACCAAGCGGACCUGAACACCGAGUGGAAGUACCUGAUGGACUCCCUGGUAGUAGUGGCUGAUCGGAUCGAUGGACCGUACAACGUAGACACUGUAAUAGGGACCAUUCACAUGAGGAUCGCUGAAGCUAUUUCUAACUUGCAAGAAAACAAAGAUUCGAUCACAGCCAAGGUUUUCCAAGGCUGUGGAAAUCCUAAAAUCAGCACAAAAGGCUCCAGCAGCGAGGACAAGAAGAGGCGGGGGAAGGUGGCGUUGGAAGCAAAAUCCUCUGCACAAGCCCUGGAGAUGCUGGUUUUAGACGCCAAAGGGAAUCUGACAGCUCUCAAGACUUACUGGAUCACCCUGCCUGGCAGCCUGUGCAGCAAAAAAGUAAUGACCAGCUCAGUGGCAGACGACAAGUGUUGGAACGGGAUGACCAAGGCCAGUUACCUGCCCGAAGUGAUGGGGGACGGCUUAGCUAAUCAGAUUAACAACCCAGAGGUGGAGGUGGACAUCACCAAGCCAGAUAUGACCAUUCGCCAGCAAAUCAUGCAGCUCAAGAUCAUGACAAACCGGCUGGGCAACGCAAACAUCGGGAAUGAUGUGGAUUUCCAAGACGCAAGUGAUGACAUGAGCGGCUCUGGGAGUGGUGACAGCUGUCCUGAUGAUGUCUGUGGCAAAAGACUUUCUAAGAGCCCCAGCACCAGGCAGCCAGAAACGCACGCUAUUCCUAAGCAGUCUGGACACGGCAUCAACGGGGCCAGCAGCAGAUCUUUGCCUUCUACCUUCCUCCUCUUCCUUUCGGUGGCUUUCAUUGCCGCACAGCACUUGUGGCGGUAACUCAUUAGCACAGCCAGGAAAGAGACUGCGGCCGAGGGCUUCACUUUGCCAAAACCAACCAACCAACCAACGAAAGGACAUAUUUAAUUCACCUUGGCAAAAAAAAAAAAAAGGGGGGGGGGGGGAGGAGAAAAAGGUUUCAGUUGUUUGCUAUUUCUGGCAGUGCUCGAGCUGUUUUCUUCUUUCUUGGUCUCUUCCCCAGUGCUGGGCCCUUCUUUCCGUACCUCAUUGUUUUACUUUUGUUAUUGCCACAAACUGGCUCUCGGGGCUGAAACAAGCCUUUGCAGAGAGGCCUCCGGGGGGGGACCCGGCCGGCCCCUCCGAGGGCAGCUCUUCUGCUGCCUCCAGUGGAAUAUGCAAUUGCCCUGAUCCUGUUCCCCAGCCGCUGGCCAGAGCGCCGCUUCCCGUACAGCUGCCGAAAGCACGACAGUGCCCACAGCAACGCCACUUCAUAACGCGGAGAGACUGGGCUCGUCGGUGCUGCUCAAGUGCUGCAUUCAGGGGCUCUUUGGGGUUUUUCCUCUGUACCUCCUAGGCAAGCAGAGAUGGCCCUUCACUUCCAGCGGCGUACGUAGGAGUGUGAGCAGGUUUGGCGGGUUGAACUGAAACGGUUUGGCAGUGGCUGUUGGACCCAAAAACGCAGAACUCCCUUUUUCUUUGGAAAGGUCACAAGUGGGUUUCUUGACUAGAGCUCGUAGCUGACGACGAUUUGAAAUGUAGGUCUCCUACAUCUAAGCGACCGGGAAUGAGUGUUAGGGGUUGGGGUUUGGGGUAUUUUUUCUUUGCAUGCUAGUUGGAAAGCCAUUUUUUACCCAAGUGAUAAUGGUCCAAUUUCUACCUGCAGUGCAGUACCGUCGUAGGUAACAGAGAGAUGAAAAUAUGCGCAGUGGGAUUCUCCGCUUGACAAACAGUUGUGCUGCCGCCUCCUCCUCUGGCCCCAGCCGUGGAUGGGAAUCCCUUUUUUUUUUGGUAAUAAGACAGACCAGGGACUUUUUACUAACUGGAGCAUUGUGACUGGUUGUGAGAGCUCACACGGGCACGUGCAGGAGUGACCCCCCCCCAGGCAGCUGCCUUAGGGCAGAGAGGGGCUGGUAGCGAUCAGCCCCUGCCUGGGAGACUGACUCAAGGUAGCACCGAGCGGGGGGGGUGAGGACGGGACACAUUUUGUUUGGGAUUUUUUUUUUCUUCUGGUAUUUCUUCCUGUUGCAUUGUAGGUUUUUACAUGAAUGUCUGUUUUCCCUGCCCCUUCGCCAUCCUUCCAUGCACAGUCCCUAACUGCUGCAGGGACGGGGUGAGACAGCGGCUCUGACACCUGCCGGCGGCUCCGUUUUGGCUCAGGGAAGGGCCAGGCUCACCCUGCCGCCCCGUCCCACCACACACCAGCCUCUGGGUCACAGGGGCGGUUGCCCAAACCCCAGAAUGCUUGGUGGGGUGAACUCUGUGCUGGGCUUUGAGACUGGGGGUGGUCGGUGGAAGAUAUAAAUAUCCUCACGUAGCUGUAGGAGUGUCUGUGCUUGGAGGGCUGCGUGCUUCGGGGCUUCCAGAAGCUUCUGUAUCUGACAGGUACAGCGAGCAUCGGCUGGAGAUGUAGGUUUAGCAGAUGUUAUAGAUACCACACAGUCGCUGUCACCGACUGAGCCCAGAGCACACCCAGGGGCUGGGCUUCAUUCCCACAGGGCUGGGUUUGAGUUGCAGAUGUGUUUGUACUGUGGGCAAGAGGGAGGGCAGAGAUUUAUCGAUCUCGUGCUUCACUGCUCUGCACAGCACGUGUUUGAGCAUUUCUGCUCUGGCCUGCCAGAGGAGACGUGUCUUUGGGCUGAGCAAACGCUAUGGGGUUGGGGUUUGGCUGGUUUCUAAGAAGGGGGGAAAAAAAAACAUUUUUAACAUUAGCAGUUUUUCGAAUAUGCAAUUUAAGGGAAAAUGAGAACAUGAGCAAGAUAAAGCCAAAAGCCAGUGCAGGCGGGCACGGAGGGAGCUUGUUGCCUGCCCUCCCCGGGGCAGGAGUCCCACCUGGGGUCAGGUAACGAUGCUGAUGGUGCCCCAAACUAGGCAGAGAUUUUAGGCCAGCUUUGACUGGCUUCUCGAGGUCACCAUGACUGAUGUGACUGACGUGGUAUCCUAUCUGCCUUGUACUCGCCUUCUUGUAAGGUUGAAACUGAUCUGAUCUGGUAGGGUUUCAGAAAUGAAAGCCAGGAUGCUGGAUGUUGGCUAAAGGACAGCCAACGCCACUAGACCUGUCAGAACCCAGGAGUGGAUAAAUACAAGUCAUGGAUUUAUACAGAUUUAUUCACUUAUAGAAACCUGGCAAGUUCCACAUUACUUUUACUGCUCUAAAGAGUUCCUGUCUUUUUUUUGUCUUUUUUUUGUCUUUUUUUUUUAACCAGAAUUGCCAAUACAGAUUUAGCCUUCCGUUACAGAAAUCCUCACAACCGAUCCUGCAGAAACCUUAGAUCCAAAGCAAAGAAAGGGUGGGGAGGGGGCAUUAAAACAUUGUACCCUCUUCAAAAAAACGGUUGGGUUGGAGUUUUAACACAUGGAUGCUGAGGUCAAUGUUUUGCUUUGCAGAAUGGGAGAUUGAAAGGAAAGUCCUUGUCAUUUCCAUUUCUGUGCAGUUAGUGUUUGCCGUCAGCCUGUUUCCCUCAAAAGCCUCUUACGGACCCCAAAGGGAACACACCUUAAAUGUGACGCCAAGAAUUUACUGAUUGUCCAGUUAAUAUUUUAACAAUUUAAUAGCCCAAAUUAUUGGUCCUGUUACAAUAAUAAAACCUGAUAGUCCAAAUUAAUAAGGCAAAGCCUCAAGGAUACGGUAAAAACUGUUACGCAGCAGAAACCCUUCCCGGUGCUUUCCCCUUUGGCUGGGGUUGAGCCCCACUUCAGUGUCCUGCCAGGCCCCGAAGCGAUGGCUGCGGCGCUCCUGGAGCCGAGCUGGGGCCAGGGCAGUGCCGGGGGCUUCGCCCCGCUGCCGGGAGGCGCAUGGUGUGGGUGUUGACGCUCCCUCCCUCCUCGGCCCUGGGGCCGCUGGCUGUAUUUUGUAUACCUUUCCACACGGUCUGCCUACGCUGCUGCUUUUUGUCGCUUCCUGGUUAUUCACUUUUUCUGUUCUCUUUGUUGCCCUGAAGUGGUUUCCCCGACCUGCCGCAUUUCCGUGGCCGAGGGCUGUGCUCGGCCAUGCCACCUUCUGCUGGAGAGCCGAAAUGCCCAGUCUCCCCAGGAUAUUGACUUGGUAUCGCUCUAAACUAAAGCCAACCUAAAGCAACCCAUAGUUACCUGACGGCUGGGCAAUUGCUGGCAUGGCCCAACGAGUUGAAGUCAGCCCAGGUCCUGACAAGCCCUGAGCGCGCGCUCCGGCUGGCACAGAGCCUGGGGCCUUUCACUGCUCAUAAAUGACAUUUCCUGGGGUACUGCCUGCUCAAAAAAUUGUGACAAACCUCCCCAGCCCCGUGGCGGGCACAGGCUGAGGGCUGCGGCUACAGCAGGGGCUAGCAGCGGCUGUGGGGUGGUUACAUGAAUGGGGGGCUCUGGGGAACGGGGGGGGAAGGGGGGGGGGGCAGGGGGCAACAUUUGCUUCGAUGUUACCGAGAUGGGGAUUUGUGGUGGUUUGGUUUGACAAGGCCUCAUACUUCACAGGAAUGCAGCGGGGUGUAGUGUGCUAGGAAAAAAAAAUUAACAAGGACCCCUGUUCCUGGAAAGGGGAGAACCAGAAAUAGUGGAUUUCCAAGUGUCUCUGUCUUUCAGCCUGCUCUUUCGUGCCAUAACGUGUAUCUUUUAACUAAGGGCGAGGGUCUCAAAAGGCUUUGAGAGCGCAGCUACUUAUCAUUUACAAAUGACAAACUGCCUGUUGUUUUCUGGUGGGCUUGGUAGGGGCUAAGGUAUAGCAAAAAUAUCUAAAGUCCACCUUUGCUUUAAACAGAUGCAUUUCUAUCUGCAGGAAUAAGAAUUAUUUCACUUAUUGGCAUAGCUGGACAGUUAUCUAUUUCUUUCUGUUACCAAGGUACUUGUAACUCUCUUGCACUGUUUAUCUAAAGUUGAAAUAUGUUCUUUGAAUCCUUGUAUAAAUAAAAAGGCUGGAGACUUAAAUCUGUAUUUACAGGGCAGUUUUAUUUCUUCUCCAUUUAAGCUGAGUUUGCAGUUUUCUUUCUUUUUCCUUGCCAAGGCCCAGAUAAAGGCCAGGUCAGAAUGAAAGCUUGCUUCAGCCUCCAGGUUUGUAACGGGCUGAUGCCAAUGGUGCGCUGCGGGUUUGCCUGCAGCCACCCCUGUGCAAUCUGGAGAACAACUGCCAGGGCUGCAUGGAUGGGAUGUGUGGGGAGACAAGGCAACCCUGACUUCAGUCAUCGAAGCAAGUAUGCUAAACAUUCUCGUAUAGAUGCACAAAAAGUCGUGGCAUAAUAGUGCAAGGAAUCAGAAAUACCUUUGGUAUUUGUUGUUACAGAGUGUUGUGCUAAUUAUUUACCAUGGCUGUGUACUAGUGCAGCUGUUGGUAGGGUUAGCAGCAGGUGAAGCAGACCGCAGGGCCCUCGCAGUGCCGUGGAUGUUGGAUCUUGAGCACAUGCCUGAGACCGAACUGGUGCAGCAGAAAGGUUUGUGCUUCGUCUCUGCGCUGUCCAGUUCCAGAAGGGGUGAAUGCAGGAGUCAAGGUAAUGUGUCGAAAGCCGCUCAUGAAAUGUCUAAGACUUGAUAACUGGAAACUACUAAAAGUGUAUCUAUCUGCUUGGAAGCAAAUAUCACUUAAAUUAAUAAAUUGAGUGAUACCCUUGA